GUAAUUUUAAAGUUAUGAACAGAACAGUCGGGUUUUCUCAUCCAGAGGAUUAUUUGGAUCUACAUGGGAAGAAAAAACCCUAAUUGCGACAUCGUGUAAUCUUCUCUCAUCGCCUUGCCCAUCUGUGGAAACCCUAACAGUCCGAAGAUGCCGUUCAAGAGGUACGUUGAGAUCGGGAGAGUCGCUCUCGUCAACUAUGGCGAAGACUACGGAAAGCUUGUCGUCAUUGUCGAUGUUAUUGACCAAAAUAGAGCUUUGGUAGAUGCUCCUGAUAUGGUCAGAUCUCAAAUGAACUUCAAGAGACUUUCUCUUACUGACAUUAAAAUUGACAUUAAGAGAGUUCCUAGAAAGAAGGAACUCAUUGAAGCUAUGAAGGCUGCUGACGUUCAGAAGAAGUGGGAGGAUAGCUCUUGGGGAAGAAAACUACUCGUGAAGAAAAGAAGGGCAUCACUUACUGAUUUUGAUAGGUUCAAAUUAAUGCUGGCUAAGAUAAAGAGAGCUGGAUUGGUGAGGCAAGAGCUUGCAAAGCUGAAAAAGAGUGAAUCUUAGGAAGUGUAUUUCUCUAGCGUCAAAUUUUGUUACUAGUUGAAGUUAUCAGUUUUGGAUUUUUUUCACUUCUGUUUCUCAAGCCUCAGGAGUUCGGGGCUGUUCGGGGUUGUUUUGAGGUUUAUGGAAUUCUGGAGAUCUAGUGUAGUGAGUUUUUACUUGAUUUCUUCACAAGAUGCCUACAUCACUCCAAUUAAGCAUGUAUCUGAAUUUUAUGUCUGGAUUCCCUUGAGUGCCCAAUUCAUUGAUGAAAUAUUAGAUACUGCAGUUGUGCUGCAAAUUACGAUGAUUUCAAGCAUGGUUUCAUGGCGAAGCCUGCUUCAUUUGCUUUAA